AUGACGUCACCCGAACGGAUGGAUGCGUUCGAAGCGCUGGUACGAGCGACGAGCCAAGAAGUGCCGCUUGACGCGGCGCCGCAUGCGGCGCUUCAUCCGGAGCCCGAGGAGAGUAAGCAAAAAAAAAAACUCGCAGACCAACAACAGUACGAUACCUCCGCCGCCGCAACCGCUUCCGAAGACGCAGCAGCCGGCAGUCCGUCAAAACCGUCUGUCCAGCCGCCGUCGAAAGAUGUUCGACAUGGCAGUCCAGCAGACGGCGUCGCGGAAGUCAACGCCGACGUUGACGUUUCACAGAAAUCUCCGUCGAAAGCGCCACGUCAGGACACCGCGAUCAUCGCUACGAAAACGUCAAAUCUGACGAAGAGCGUUGACGGGAAGCGCGCUGGCGGGAAAAGUCCCACUGACGGCAGUCCGAAGGCAGACGUGAAAGCGAUAAGCGCGGUUGACGGAGGCGUUGGGAGUCCGCAGUUUAAGGUGAAGUGGGGAAACCUGACGCCCGCAGAUCUGCUGUUACUUUUGAGUCCGACUGUAGCGAGUUCCGUUAAGGUGAAGCCGACGGGUGGCGGUCCGUACGUAUGCGGCGCUUGCGAGAAUCGUUUUCCGUCGCUGAACGCACUGGACGAUCACGACCACUCCAGGCACGGAACCCGUCGGCAUGGUUUUAAGGACGUUAACGAAUUUUCGCCGGGCGACGCUGGUUUGCCCAGAGGCGGCAGGUCCGCCUCUGUCCUCGUGAGCCGCCACCUCCGAUCGCACGAUCCCCGUCGUCCGUUCCGCCAGAUCCUUCCGCUCCGAUUCCGCUCGCCUGCAUUCGCGCUUUACUUCCGUCCCGCUGAUCACUCCUAUUUCGAGUCGUCACCGAUGGCUGCUCGCUCCAGCUCUCGCCUCCUCGCGCUCGCCGGCAGGGCGGUGUUCGCAAGGCUCGCCCCCGCUGCGCCAGCAUCCGCGCUGCUUGCGGCGAAUGUCGCCCGCGGAUUCGCUACUGCUGCUCCCGCUGAAGAGGAUGUGGUGAAGGCGGCGUUUAUCAAGCAGCAGGCGUCAUUCAGGUCUUAUCUGGAAGGUCUCAAGAAGGUUCCCAUCCCCUUAGACGCUGCUGAUGACAAGGCCACCAAGGCCUACGCUGCUGCCAUGAAGAACAUUCGGGAGAGCCUGGGGAUCCCCUCGUUCACCGAGAAGCUCUCCAACCUGCUCGAGUCAGCAGAGGAGGACUCGCGGGACGUGCGCAGCUUCCUGGAAGAAUCCCGCAUCAUCCGCAGGCAGCUGGGAGUGGAGGACAAGCUAGGAGCGGAGAAGCUCAUGUUCGCAGCGCUGGACAGCGUUGAGAAGAAGCUGGGGAAGGCGCUGGUGGGGGAUGAUGCCAAGGGCAUGGCACUGUUUCAGGAGGAGGUUAAUGCUAUCAACAAGAAGCUGGGGCUGAAGGACAGUGAUUUGGAGCCGUUGGAGCAGCAGCUGGAGACGAGCAUGGCCAAGACGGACAUUGCUGCCUUUGCCAAGGAGGCAACGGAGAAGAUCGGCACGUACAAGAAGAGGGACGGCUUGGAGGACAUCCAGGUGGAUCUCAAGACCCUGGAUCCCAAAGCUUACAUCGUGCUGCUACUAGUGGCGACAGUGCUGAUGCUGGUCGGGAUCGACGGUCAUGCCUCGGCUCAAAAGCUGUGCCUCGAUUCCUCGCAACCGCAGACUCCGAAGGACCAGCUGCAGAUCUGCCGGCAGUACAACAACGAGAGCUGCUGCACGAACGAUCGGAACGUGCAAAUCGCGAAGAAUCUGCUCAACUACAGCAACGCCAUGGGCAACAACCCUGCCGCCAAGAACUGCCUCCGCGCGCUGGAGCUCGUGCUGUGCGCUGAGUGCGACCCCUACGCCUCGCAGGUGUACCGGCGCGACCACACAGGGCGCUACGCGGACGUGCCCUACCUCUGCACGGCCCAGUCCAACCGUGACCCUGUGGAGACGCAGCCCUUCUGCUCCACCGUCUGGGACGUCUGCGGCAUGGUUGCCAUGCCCUUCAACCCUUUCGUUGCCACCAAUGACCCGCGCUACAUCUCGCUUUAUGAUGUUUACUUAACUAAGGGCGAGUUUUGCCGCCAAUUUAUGCCCCCGAAUAAGAACCCGGGCGACGGGCCGAAGAUUUGCUACCGGGGUAAACCGGUGGAUUACCCGGAUGAAUUCGGGGAAGAUGUGUUACCGCCCGUUAGCAACAUGUGUGUGGAGCAGAUUGGGUUGAGUACGAAGAAUGACAAGAGCGAGGAGAAUAGUUACUAUGUGGCCAUGACCCCGCAUCCGGACCAAUCGCGGCGCGCGUUUUUCCUCGAGCGCGCGGGCAGGUUGUUUCUUUACGAUCUGCCCGAGCCAGGGUCGUCUGACAAGCUUCCUUCUGAUGGGGGCUCACCGUUUCUUGACAUCAGUGGCUUGGUGGCACAAGACGCUGAGCAGGGCGCAGUGGGGAUCGCCUUUCACCCCGACUACACCAGCAACGGCCGCCUCUUCGUGUCCUUCACCUGCGACUCAUCAGUCAACUCUGACUGCAAGGCUGCUAUGUGCGGGUGCUACGAUGCUGUGGACUGCACGGCAGACAAGGUCAAGGCGGCCAAUCCGGACGGCCGGUGGGGCACUGGGGACCUGUGCAGGAAUGUGACUGUGGUCGCUGAGUUCUCUGCGUGCAGUGACACGAUUUGCACCCCUUCUAAGAUCUCCAAGCGCACGAGCAUAGAGGCCACGAUAGUGCGCUACAUAGUGCGGCUGGGGCAACCCUUCAUCAACAACAACGGCGGGCAGAUCCGAUUCGGCGCCGACGGCAUGCUCUAUGUGAUGGCGGGGGAUGGAGGAGGGGAACUGGACCCUCUAAACCUGGCGCAGAACCCCAAGGCGUUUCACGGGAAGGUCUUAAGGCUGGACGUGCUCAAUGGGAUCAGCCAGCCAGGCGAGGAUGAGAUCAGGAGCAGGGGCCUGCUGGGGGCGUACGGCAUUCCUCUGGACAACCCCCACGCACUCGACUGGGACUGGCGCGGGGAGGUGUUUGCGCUGGGCUUCCACGACCCCUGGAAGUGCACCUUCGACCUGCUGAGGCCUUCUGUUAUGAUGUGUGGAGACGUUGGAUGGACCAAGUGGGAGGAGGUAGACGUGGUAACCAGCGGCGGUAACUACGGCUGGAAGUGGUACGAGGGUCGGGAGUACGCCAAUGCUAGCGAGCCGCACCCUGUUCCGAACCAGAAGUUGCCGUCGUUCCAAUACGUGUGGAGGAACACUACCAGCGUGGUUGGGGGGUUCUACGCAAGAGGCUACGAGGAUGCGUGCUUGUAUGGAAGGUGUGUUAUUGUAGCGAGGUGA